GGCCCAGGUCUGCGCGGAGGCCGGGGGCGGGGCGGCGCCGGCCUUGAUUACAUUGCCACGGCUACUCCAGCUCGGCGGAGGGGACUGAUUUAGCCAGGCGGAGGCUGCGACAGGCGCAGAUCUUGUAGGGGGGCACUGUGAAAUAAGAAACGAGCUCCACAAUGACUACCUAUUUGGAAUUUAUCCAACAAAAUGAAGAACGAGAUGGGGUCCGAUUUAGUUGGAAUGUUUGGCCAUCAAGUCGACUAGAAGCUACAAGAAUGGUUGUCCCAGUGGCAGCCCUAUUUACACCACUGAAGGAGAGACCUGAUUUACCUCCUAUUCAAUAUGAGCCUGUUCUAUGUAGUAGGACCACUUGCCGUGCAGUUUUGAAUCCUUUAUGUCAGGUGGAUUAUCGAGCAAAACUCUGGGCUUGUAAUUUUUGUUAUCAAAGGAAUCAGUUUCCACCUACCUAUGCUGGCAUAUCUGAACUGAAUCAGCCUGCUGAGCUUUUACCCCAGUUUUCUAGCAUUGAAUAUGUAGUACUGGAAAUGCUGGGCCUCUCUAAAGUACCCGUGACUCAAGCAACACGUGGUCCUCAGGUGCAGCAGCCGCCUCCUUCCAAUAGAUAUAAUGAUUCAACAGCACUUCUAUGCUUUCUUCUUGUCUUUAGCUGGGCAGAUGCUCAAACUCAAAUCCAAAACAUCGCUGCUUCUUUUGACCAGGAGGCAGCUGCUAUUCUUAUGGCCCGCCUGGCAAUAUAUAGAGCAGAAACAGAGGAGGGGCCAGAUGUCCUUAGAUGGCUAGACAGACAGCUUAUUCGACUGUGUCAGAAAUUUGGAGAGUAUCACAAAGAUGAUCCAAGUUCCUUCAGAUUUUCAGAAACUUUCUCCCUCUAUCCACAGUUUAUGUUUCAUUUAAGAAGAUCUCCUUUCUUGCAAGUUUUUAAUAAUAGUCCAGAUGAGAGUUCUUAUUACCGUCACCAUUUUAUGCGUCAAGAUCUGACCCAGUCUCUAAUUAUGAUUCAGCCUAUUCUCUAUGCAUAUUCUUUUAGUGGACCACCAGAGCCUGUUCUUCUUGAUAGCAGCAGCAUCCUUGCAGAUCGUAUUCUUCUCAUGGACACCUUCUUCCAGAUUUUGAUUUAUCAUGGUGAGACCAUAGCACAGUGGCGCAAGUCAGGAUACCAGGACAUGCCGGAAUAUGAAAAUUUCCGCCACCUUCUGCAAGCCCCAGUGGAUGAUGCACAGGAGAUCCUUCACUCCAGAUUCCCAAUGCCAAGAUACAUCGACACCGAACAUGGGGGCAGCCAGGCUCGUUUCCUGCUUUCAAAAGUCAAUCCUUCACAGACUCAUAAUAAUAUGUAUGCCUGGGGACAGGAGUCUGGAGCACCUAUUCUCACAGAUGAUGUUAGUUUACAAGUGUUUAUGGAUCACCUGAAGAAACUUGCUGUGUCAAGUGCUGCUUGAGUUGCUAAAUAUAUUAAGGACACUUAAGAAAAUGGAGUAAUAUUUUAAUUUCAUUAUUUUUCCUUUUUCAGUUCAUCUGUGGAAACCAACAGAGAUAUUUAGACUCUUUUGUAUUAGCAUGGUUUGAGACAACUUAGGGAAAAAUGUUCACGUUUGUAGAUUAAGCUGCAAUUUAAUGAGAGCAGUAAGAACAAAUUCAUUUUGCUUGCCACAGUAUUAUAACUGGUUUCAGAAAUAUGAAGUCUUUAUAAUUUAAUUAUGUUUAAGAGUAAAAAUAGAGUCUGCCAUAUACUCCAGAGACAUAGCUUGUUUGUAUGUAGCAGACAAAUCCAAGGUGGCACUGAAUGUCCUUGCGGACCUUUUGAAAAUUUCUUAAUUUUAGCUAGAAAGUAAACAAAAUUACCAGUAAUGAUAAUGUGAACAUUUUUUGCUUAUUCAUUGAAUAUUUUUCUGUGAUUUUCUGCACUUACUUGUAUGCUUUUUAUGUACUGUUCUGUUAAGGCAGAUUUAUUUUUAUGAUGAUUUGACUUUAUAUGUAAUAAUUUUCAUGGAGCUAAUUUAAUGUUUUUGUUCAUUUGGAAAAAUAGAACCAGUUUAGAGAUUAAAAGUUUUUUGGAGGUAAAAACCAUACAGCUGACAAUAAGUGUGAAAUUCCCACAAAGUACCCAACUUAUGCGAUUAAAUAAUAUAAUUUUUUUGAAAAGGGAGAUACAGAAUAAACCAUUUUGUCAGUGCAUUUUAGAAAAGCCUUUGCAGUAAAACGAGUGUCGUAACUACUAACCCAAGUUUAAUUUUCACUGCAUGGUUUGGCUUUUUCCCUUGUUUUUCUGAGGACAACUUUUAAUUAUAUCCUUCAGUAUUUUAAGACUAUUUUCGGAGUUUACACAUUACUUUUUGUUUCUGCUUCCUUUUUUGUGAACAACUCAUUAAGUUGGAGUUCUUGUUGAAACAGUAUUAUAUAAUAUUUUGUUUAAUUAUAUCAUGUGAUGAUGCUCAGUUCUGUUUUGAUUUUUUCAUAGUAUCAUUCACUUUUACCUUUUAAAGUUUACUUGUAGCAGAUAUGUUUACAUUUAAAGCCGAAUAUGUUUUGAUAAUGAAAUUUACACUAAGUGCUGCGAAGGGAAGGUGGUGCUACGAUCUACGCUUGGAAAACAGUUCUGAUGAUCGCACUUGCAUGAACACCAUCAUACGAUGGUAAAACAGGCAAAAACUUAAAAAAUGUUUACAUGUUAUAUUCGAUUAGAGUAAAUAAAUUGCUGUGUUCCAGUUUAUUUCGGGUGAAUUGUGCUAGGCCUAAAUACCAAUAAAAUAUACCU